GCAUAAAGUCGAAUUCAGUGUUUAUCAUCUUACAACUUUUUUUAAAUCGACUCGCGCAUUAAACGAGAACCUACGGGACUCAUCAUUUUGCAAAUGACAUUUUUGUUUCUGUUUGAAUUUUUUGUAAUAGUAAUCUGAAGAAAGUGAAACUUGUUCAAUACCGUACAUUGAUGUCAGUGGAAAAGGCUCUUGAGAUAAAAAGGAAGGUCUCAACAAGUUAAUUAACUGAUUGAAGAUGAUUUAAAUAAGCACAUUCUAAGAAACAUAUUUAAAACCCAACAAGAGUGCAAGUGCUCCAAACCAGUGUGAAUGGAAAAUGGAAGCAGCUACACCACUUAGAAGAUGCAUUCUGGGAAUCAGUGAAGCCGGCACAUAGCGGCAAUCAGUGUGAAAUGUCUUCGCUAGUGAGAGCCCUUUCGUGGCCACUGUUGUCCCAGUCCCAGGCCGGAAUCGGAGGACCCUGCAGUGGUGGGGGAAACGACGGCGAUGGCCUCAACGAUGAUGACGAAGGCCGUAACGAGCCAAACGGGGCCAAUGGGCAUCAUCCGGGGGAAAUGAAUGGGGCAACCCGGGGCAAGAAGAAUGGCCUUCCACCCUCGCCCACUUUUCAGCAGCUGAUGGCCGCCCGGAGAUUGCUCUGCCGCCGAUAUUAUCCGGAGGGUGGCUGGGGCUGGAUUGUGAUUGUGGUGGGAAUACUGGUGCACACGAUGACCCACGGGAUUCAGCUGAGCUUCGGGCUGUUGUUGGACUAUGUGAUGCGGUACUUCGGGAAGCGACUUACGGAUACAGCACCGCCUGGUACUGCUGAUGGAACCGCUCCCCUGCUCUGCGUUCAGAGCGCUGCCUUCGUAGUUCCGUAG